AUGGGCUCAAAGUAUUGAACAUGCCUUACCGGAAGCAACGUCACUGCAUACGAAAGGGUAGAAAGGAAGAAUAAGAUAGCCAAACAACUGAUUUCUCGGAAUGAUAGCACAGUCAAGACCCCCUUCCGGUCCUUCUCCAAUAUUGUGAAUCACAAGGUGAGUACCAAGAACGAUAGGCAUUUUCACCCAUUUCCCAAUAAUGUGGAGCUCACUGAUCUGAUCAAUGAUAAGAAAUUGAAGAUCCGGGCUGAAGAACGGAGGUCGAUCAUCCAAGAAAUGGAAGCUCUGCUGGAAAAGUCUAAGGAAAAUAUUGAAAAAUAUACCAAACUCUGGCAAGAGGCUGAGCCAGACUCUAAGAGUCCGCCCAAACUACUUAUAGAGAUUAUCUCUGGUCAUGAUAUAGACUUUACUAAGGCGAAGAAGGUCCCCUUCGUGGAAGUCAUUCAGAAUGAUAGAGGGCUCAUGCAGUCCUUCUAUGGCUCGUGAGAAGGCUCUGGCAAGUUCAGCCAAGCUCCGCAAGAUAUUAGCUUGAAUUCGUCAGUGGUACAACCAGGUAGAGAUACAGUGACUUCCCAGAACAGUUUAGUAUUAUCCACACAGAUUCCUAUCGCUCCAAACUUGGAAGGUGUAUUUGAGUGGCACCGGUUUUAUACCCUUAUUUAUGAUGCAGAUUGAGUCGAGAAGGAGAGGUCUAUCACUGUCAAUUUAUUCAGGACUAAGAAAGAUAAGAAUAAAUGAGACCAGAUAGGCAAAUCCAAAACUUUCUUCCUAAAUCAUAUGAAAGAUCAGGAGUGCAAACAAAUGGCUCUAGAGUACAAGGAUGGCUAUGACGAGACCUGUAAUGGUGUGAUUAACCUCCGCUUUCAGUAUGUGCAUAGCGAGGUGACUCUUUACAAGCAGCUUGCUGAAAAGUAUCAAGAGCAGUCAGAUCUGAUCGAGAAAUUUAUCCAAAGUUUGGCAUCGGUAAAAAUUGAGAAUCGGGAAACCACUCCAGAGACAAAUGGAUUGGAAGAUAGCAGCCGUUCUCAACGAGCUGGGUUUUACUCUUAUGUUGAUGACGACUCUGCCUUAGGGGGAUCUCCAGCUAAUAGUUUCGACAAGCAACACCUUAUGGAUAGUCCUAAUCAUAAUGUAGAGUAUUCCUAUGACAUGACUAGUAACCAUCUCUUCAACCAGAAAGAAGAGUAUGAGGAGAGGAAGAGCCAGGAUUUUGCUCUAUCUCUUCAGCCAGGCUGGUAAGGCCCACCAAAUUUCCAGC